CUUUUCUUCCCUUCUCUGUAAUUCCCCCUUUCCCAUCACAUAACCUUCUUAAUAGGCCUGGGAAGAAGAGUGAAUUAGAGGCUAAUGGAAGGCCAGAGUAAACGUUUGAAGGGUUGUGUUCAAUUCUUCUAAAAAUUCUUUCAUUAUGGCUCCAAAACUAUGCUUAAAUUUAAGUUUUGUUUUGAAUUUUCCCCUGGUCCCAUCCCAGCAAUAUCUACCUAAUCAUCAGCAUUGCUUCUAACUUAUUUGAAGUUUACAAAGAAAUAUGUGCUGUUUUCUACUUAGCAUAUGUAUUUUGUGAGACAGAUAUGCAAAGGAGAGAGAACAACUUAUAUUCUGCAUGAUGUGAAAUCCCACCAAUAUUCUGAUUUUUUUUCUAAAAUAGAUUUGCUUCAUUUUUGCCAGUCCUCAUAUAACUAGAUAGAUGGGGCUCAUGAAUAUUUUUACAGGGUGGAAGCAUGAAAUUGAUUUGGGUUCAGUGUAUGUGUUUUAGUGAAAUAUAUGCAACUAGUGGAAAUAAAAAGGCACUGAUAAAUUAGAAGGAUUUUUGAACUUCGCUCAUUUCUGAGAAUGUUCUCUCAUUCCCCACUAACUCCAUCCUCAAGGAUCCCCCUCUCCAAAUGCCAUUUUUGCAUCUCAGUCUACUUAAUCCAGUUCCUUUGCAAAUCUCAUUUCAAGCCUUGACAGAGAAGGAGAGCAAAAGUGAGAAGAAUCACAUCUUGCCAUUAUUCUUCAUUGAUGGUCAAGUGUUCAAGAUUGCCAAGAUUGCAAAUUUAAUAGCAAGAGAGAGCAAACUAACACUCUUCUAUUACUGCAAUAUCUUUUGGAAAUAUAAAUCAGAGAAAAUUAGAAGUUGAACUAUACGGCUUGCAACCUUAUUGUCCAACCUCUCAUCCAAUAUGUUGCACAAUUCCACCUUCAGAAAGGUGGAUUACCUCUAGACUAAGAUCCUCCCUCCCAGCAACUUCGGCUUCAAAGACUGAUUCCAGUAUAGUGACUGACUUGAAUAAACCUCAUUCCGAAGUUUCCUAAUUAAGGAACUGGGAACAUCUUGGUCAAUCAAAGAGUCUACCAGCAAUUUUAAGAGAGGACAACAAAUGGUAUAAGGAUGAAAAAUGAAACUUAUUCACUAGUGACUGAAUUUGUCCUCCAGGGAUUAUCACAAAUCUGGGAAUUUCGGCUAUUAUUUUGUGUUCUUCUGCUGCUCUUCUGUAUCACCAUUCUUCCUGGGAAUAUCCUCAUUGUUGUGACAAUUCUGCAGAAUCCCUCUCUGGAAUCUCCCAUGUUUUUCUUCUUGGCCAACCUGGCCUUGAUUGAUAUCUUUUACAGCUGUGUCACCCAUCCAAAGCUCCUCCUCAACAUCUUUUUUGGUUGCAUCACAAUCUCCUAUUUAGGCUGUAUCACUCAGAUAUUUUUCAUUCAUUUUCUAGGAGGAGCUGAGAUGUUUCUCCUCUUUGCCAUGGCUAUUGACAGGUAUGUAGCCAUCUGCCAUCCAUUGCAUUAUACAAUGGUAGUAACCAGGGUCAUUUGUUGGGCUAUGGUAGUAAUUUCAUGGCUUGGAGGAUUCAUACAUUCCAUCAUCCAGGUUAUUGUCAUCAUUUUACUUCCGUUUUGUGGUCCCAAUGAGUUGGAUAACUUCUUUUGUGAUAUCACCCAGAUUAUCAGAUUAGCUUGUGCCAACAUCUACACUCUAGAAUUUGUCAUGUUUUUUAGCAGUGGUAUACCAAGCAUUGUAUGUUUCAUUCUCCUUCUUAUAUCCUAUGUGGCACUGCUGAUGAAAGUGAGGAUGGGCUCCAGUAUAGGAAAAACGAAAGCCUCUUCUAUCUGCAUCACUCACAUUAUUAUCAUCUUCAUCAUGUUUGGUCCAGCCAUCUACAUCUACUGCCACCCUUUCCGAGACUACCCACUGGACAAAGUGGUGGCCUUUUUCCAUGCUAUGGUCUUCCCCUUAAUGAACCCUGUGAUCUACACCUUGAGAAACAAGGAGAUCCAAACUGCUAUGCGGAGACUACUCGUGAAUAUUAAAACUAGCAGAUGAAUAGCAAUAGCAAUGGCAUUUAGGCUUAUAUACCAUUUCACAGUGCUUUAAAGCCCUCUCUAAGCAGUUUAAAGAAUGAGCAUAUUUUCCCCAACAAUCUGGGUCCUCACUUUACCCACUUUGGAAGAAUGGAAGGCUGAGUCAGCCACAACAAGAUUGUUUGUUAAUUUUUUCCCAGGAAGAUUUUAAGUUGAAAAAAAGAAAAAAUGGAGUUGAAAGGCUUUAUAUGUUUCCUUAUUCUCAGUUGACAAAAAGAUUUAACCUUGAUAGAAGAAUUAUGAGUCUGAAAAUGGUAAGAUUGAAUUAGAUGUGGAACUGUGUAGAAAUGAUAUAUAUAUUACUGCUAAUAUGUAUAAACUUUUAUUGAAUGAUUCCACAAUAGGUUCAGUGUGGCAUUUUUGUUAAUUAAUUCUAGUUUCCUGGGAUGGUACUAUAUAACAAAACAGAAAAAUUAAACUAACCAUGUGUAGUGGGACAGUCUGAAUUAUAUAAAACCAGGCACAUCAUUAGAAGACAACAUGAUAACAUAGUGUCUCCAUCAUCACCUUUUGCAUGUAGCAGCAAUAUCACUCUGGAUAGUGAGACAGGUGGUAUAUAAAUUAAAUAAAUAAAUAAAUACGAGACAUGUUCCUGGGGACUGUUUUAAGGAGCAGGGCUCUUGAUGGAAAUAGACUUUCUGAAGCCAGCACCCUCUUGAUUGAUUGGAUGGUAAUUCCCAUCAUCCCACCAUUACCUGAAUAGAUGGGCUCUGUGAUUUAAGACACCUACAGAGUAGGUUUGCUUGGGAAAAUCCUGUCAAAGAAUAAACUUAAUGCAGAAUUGCUUUCAAAAA